GCAAAACAAGGAGGAUCCCUGGGCAUAUCACUUGAUGUAAUAUGGUUUGAACCAGCAACAAACACCACAAAUGACACCGAAGCUGCCCAAAGAGCCCAGGAUUUUCAGCUUGGCUGGUUUAUUGAACCUUUGAUCUUAGGCAACUAUCCGACCUCAAUGAGAAACAGAGUCGGAGAUAGACUGCCAAAGUUUACCAAAAAUGACAUCGCUCUUGUUAAAGGGUCUUCGGAUUUUAUUGGCAUCAAUCACUACACAACAUUUUAUGCACGAAGCAAUGACUCUCUGCUUGGAGAUCUAAUUGGCAAAGUCCUUAAUGACUCUCUCGCAGACUCUGGCGCCAUAACCCUUCCUUUUGGUAAAAAUUUGAAGCCCAUUGGAGACCGGGAGAGAAAAUACAAGGCUAAUCUAGUACCGUUUGAGUGUUCAUUGCUAGGAUUUCGUUCUUCUUUGUUCAAUCCAGCCGCACUGGGUUGCAGCGAAUUCUAUAUGGUUGUACAUAGUACCUCGAGGGAUGAGAAGCUUAAUGAAUUACAUCAGGAAAAAGUACGGGAACCCCCCGUCAUUAUAACUGAGAAUGGGAUGGAUGAUCCAAAUAACGCCUUGACCCCCAUUAAAGAUGCUCUAAAGGAUGGGAAAAGGAUCAAAUACCACAAUGACUAUCUGACAAACCUGCUAGCUUCUAUUAA